CAGGCACUCAACAAUCUCACAACAGUCUCGUUUCUCUAUUUCUGAAACCCAUAUAUUGGCUUUCAUGAAAUCUGCUUUUGAUCAGCUCCAAGGUCCUAAUCAUUUCUGGUUGAAUAAAGAUGAUGGAAACAAAGAAUUUUUAAAGAAGGGUGGUACGAUUUUAGUUGUUGCUGGAAGGUUAUUUGAGAAUUCAGAGAUAUUAGGACGCCAUUCAGGUGUUAUACUUGAAAAAGUGAAGUUGCUUCAGCAGAGGUUCCCUUCAAUAGAGGUUAUUGGUUUCCAAGACCGCAUUUCAGUUUGCUCUACCGGUGAUCAAAGUCAAUUUAUUCAAUUGAUAAUGGAAGAAUACAUUACUUUUCCUGUUUUGUUGACAAACAAAAAUUUUUCUAAGUUGACGGACGAGGCUUGCUUCAUUUUGUCUAAAGAUUUUAAGAAUCCUCUAAUUUUCCCUGAGAAAGACCUGGAUAUAGCAAUGCUUAACAAAGCUUUUGAGGAGUUAAGUCUGCAAUGCCAAGUUAAGAAUACCGCAGUUCAUAAUUUGCAAAGUUCGUGGUCAAAAGAAGCUGAGAUCAUUAAGGAACCCCAGUUUUGCAUUGCUUUGCGAAAUUUACUUCUUUACUUUCCUGCAUGUAUCUCAGCAGAUGAAAGUAGGAAGCGUCUGUUCCUUUCUGAUAGCAAUCAUCAUCGGAUAAUUAUAUUUGAUGGCAAUGGGAAGAUUUUAGACCGUAUUGGUUCUUGCCCAGGUUUUGAGGAUGGUGAAUUCGAGUCUGCAAAACUGCUUCGCCCUGCUGCUUCCUUUUAUCAUGAUAGUGAAGAUUGCCUUUAUAUUGUAGAUUAUGAGAAUCAUGCCAUCAGGAGAGCUGAUUUGGAAAGGAGGGUUUUGGAAACAGUUUAUCCAACAUCUAGCAACAAGAGAAGCACUAGUUUGUGGACCUGGAUCAGGACCAAGCUAGGUUUUGCCAGUGAUGCUGAUGUGAAAUUUGAAGAGCAUGAUUCUCGGGCCCUAAUGUAUCCUUGGCAUCUGAUAAAGUCGGUGGAUAAUAAUUUUUUAAUUGCCAGUCGAAGCUUUGAGAAUUUAUGGGUUAUGGAUUUUGCAUCAGGAGCGAUUAAAGAAGUUGUCAAAGGACUUCCAAAUACUUUGGAGUUCUGCAGACACUUUAUCUCAGAGAAAGUAUCCCUCCUGAAAACGAUGCCAGAUUUUCUGUUGCAACAACAAAGUGAUGUCAACUUAUCACGAAAGAAGAUCCCAUAUGUUGGUCUUAUAUCAUGUGUUACAGCUUUUGAAAAUCACAUAAUCAUGUCUGACACUGUGGGUCAAGGAGUUCUAAAACUAAAUAGAGAAUCUGGAAUCAGUUCAAAUUUCCAGUUUUCUAAUCUCGGGAUGCUCGGUCUACCUUACUGGUUGUCCUUCCCUCUGGAAAGAUUUUAUGCUCUUGCUGCGGGACUUUCUGUUGGACAAACUGAUCAUAUUCAGCAAUUCAGUUUGUUGCCAGGUAAGGUUGACAUUCGGUUAAGCAUAGACAUCCCCAAUGACACUGAACUUGUGGAACCUUUGCAUGAAAGUUGCAUAUGGUUCCAAGCAAGGGGUGCUGCUACUGAGUUAUCAGUGGGGGAGAGAGUGGCAGGAUCCUCGGAGAAGGUAGGUGUUGCACAACAAUGGUAUGAUGAACUGGACAAUCUUGCCUUUGAAUCAGAACUGGUAAUCGAAGAUGACAAUUCUACUAUGGAUACAAAUUCUCAAGAUAAGAGAAUUCACAUUGAUUGUAUAGUUAAUACAAGCCCUGGAACAAGUGAGGUUAUAAUUUAUGCAGCACUGUAUAUAAAACUUAGAAGAAAUCAUGUUGUAGAAGAUGACAACAAUCAGGAGAAAUUUGCAGCAAGGAUAGCAAAUAUUUUGAACCCCAAGGGAAAUGAAAGGUUCAGUGACGAUUCUUGCACCAAGUUCUUGUUAAAAUCUAACAGAGAUUUGAGAGAUCUCAUUUUCAUAAAACCAUUGCACGUGAGAAUAAAGUUCAAUUCUCAUAAUCACCCAAAAGCUGAAAACUCAAAAGACGUUAUCUUAACUGAUUCCUCCAUUAAAGUUGAUGUGUCCUUGAACUGAAGGCAUGAUGUUGAUGCUGCCAUACUUGAACUGAAGGCAUGAUGUUGAUGCUGCCAUAUUUUUAUAAUUCAACCCUGCUGUAUUGAUGUACCAUAUAAUUUGGUUAGGAAAUUUAAGCUGUAAUACUCUUCUUUUUUAUACCU